AUGUCUGGACGCGGGAAGGGUGGCAAAGGCUUGGGAAAGGGAGGAGCGAAGCGUCACAGGAAGGUCCUUCGCGACAACAUUCAAGGCAUCACAAAGCCAGCGAUUCGUCGUCUGGCUCGUAGAGGUGGAGUGAAGCGUAUCAGUGGGCUUAUCUACGAGGAGACUCGCGGUGUUCUCAAGAUCUUUCUCGAGAAUGUGAUUCGCGAUGCUGUUACCUAUACAGAACACGCUAGGAGGAAGACGGUGACUGCCAUGGAUGUGGUCUAUGCUCUCAAGAGGCAGGGAAGGACUCUGUAUGGGUUCGGUGAACGUUCCAUGGCGGCGCUCAAGUGGGCUGAAGUUGUACGACGUCUAAAGCUUCUCCAACGACUGGGAUUGUUGAAGUCACCCCAUGAAUCCAUGCCUUCAAAUAGAGACUAUUCAUCUUUUCACUACUACUUCUGA